AUGAAAAUCCUUAUGGAAAAUAGUCUAAUCAUCAUAAUAACAUUUCUACAAUUCAUAUCAUAUGCAUUCGCUAUCAAAUGUCGUGUUUGUUUACCAUGUGAAGAGAAAUACAAAAAAUUAUUCCAAAUUACAAAAGAUGAAAUUUUAGACAGCUGUGGAGUUUGUAUUACAGCUUACUCAACUUUCCAAGGUUAUCAAAUGGAAGGUCGAGGUUGUUUACUGAAAUGUCCACCUAAAGAUGCUAUCAAUCAGCUUACUCCAGGACUUGUUAACAAGUAUAACUGUUGUUAUUAUGAUUUAUGCAAUAGAACAAACAAAUUAUUUGUACAGUACAAAUUAAUUAUUCUCAUUUCAUGUUUACUCAAUUCAUUAUUUAUUAUUGUGAAUAGAUUUAGUGUUUGUUAA